GGGUAAACAGAUGAUAACAACCCUUAGCUCUUCAGAACUCAUUUGAAUGCUGCCACCGCUGCUGAGGGCCAGAAGAGGGAGAGCAGAGGCAGACGGAGGGGACUGAAGACCGACAGAUUAUCUUUUCAUCAUGGCGGAGAGUGCAGACAUGGAGCAGCUCCUCACAGCUUUCAGGAAGUUUGCAGUCCAUGGAGACACAAAGGCAACAGGCAAGGAUCUAACCGGGAAGAACUGGGCCAAACUGUGCAAAGACUGCAAGAUCACUGACGGCAAGAACGUCACCGGCACUGACGUGGACAUCGUCUUCUCCAAAGUCAAACAGAAGACGUCUCGGGUCAUCAACUACGAGGAGUUUCAGAAAGCUCUGGAAGAGCUGGCUCUAAAGAGGUUCAAAGGUCAAAGCAAAGAGGAGGCACUGCAGUCUAUCCACAAGCUGGUGGAAGGCCGAGAGCCUACCAACGUUGGUGUGACGAAAGUGGCAAAGACAGCAGCGGUGGACCGUCUGACCGACACGUCCCGUUACACUGGAUCACACAAGGAGCGCUUUGACGACAGCGGCAAGGGCAAAGGUCGCGAGGGUCGUGAGGAGAUUGUGGAGAACACGGGCUACGUGGGAGCGUACAAGAAUGCCGGGACGUAUGACACGAAGGUGAAAGCUGAGAAAUGAGUGAGCCGGAGGCCGCGCCCCCUGCUGGGAGCUGACUGGAAGCACAGCUCCCCAACAGCACUUAGUCUGGACCAAACCUUGAACUUUGACCCUUCUAUGUCUGUGUGGAUGCCUGUGUGUUUGCACUGGACAGAGCUUUUGUUCAUUCUGAUUUGCAGAUAAAGAUGUGGAUCUGACAGAGGUGAGAUAUUGGCCUCAUAUCAACUCAUCAGCGCCCCCCUUAGGCUGAAAUAUUCAUCACACAUCUGGACUUCUUGUUCAUUCUCGGUGCCCUCAUUCAGAGCAAGGAGGUGGGUGAUGUAAUCAGUACCUGCUCUGCUCAGUGAUGGUAAUCCAGUCUGCAGCAUGUGACUCAGUGUUCAGCUCAGUAAUAAUGAGCUGUUUCUCUGACCUGGCUUCUCCUAUUGUGCUUUCAACCCUGUCCAGAGCCUCAUUCAUGUGAUUCAGAUUCUUUCAUUCUCCCUAUGAAGGCACCGGUGCUGCUGCUAAUCUGAUUAUCUCUAUAGUUUUUAUUUGGUUACACAGAAGCAGACUUAAAAACAGGAAACAGCUUCUGCAUUUUCUGGAAGUCAUUUUAAAUCUAAUGAUACACGUUUAAGUUUGUUGACUAAAUUCCAUCUCUGAGGAUAACUGCACACACUGCCUUUGCUUCCCUUUGAGUCAGUAGCGCCCCCAUGGGGAGGCUUUUGUAUUUGUCCAGCUGAAUGUCCACUUCUCUUACGAGUCCACUCAUGAUACUGUGCUAUCACAAUAAGUCACCUGUGAUAAUGAUGGCAUCACGAUACAGCAACUCUGUGAUAUUUGACACAAUGUGCAACAAUCAACGAUGCAGAGAAAAAUGUAUUUAUUCUCUGCUUUCAUCUUUAAUAACACAAUAACACAAUAAUUCAUUUAACGCUGUCCACACUGUUCUGGUUCACUGCAGGUUAGGGAACGUCCCUGCUCCCUCUUCCAUUUCCAUGAGGAGUCAUGAAAUGCUGAUUCCAGGAAUCCAUUUAGCACACCUGCAUGUUUGAAUAAAAAUCUCAGUAUGUGCAGCUGCUGUACCAAUAACAUCACAGGAGGAAGCAAUAAAAUAUCAGGACUGAAGAAGCUUCUUGGAUGAGAAGUGAGACGUCUUCACGAAACUUAAAGGAGUCCAAUCGCUUUAUUCCCAACCUCCUUAGACUCUCUAUAUCGCAUUAUUGAGACUUCACUCCUCUGCUGUUAGCCUGAAUAACUAUAGUGACGGCUUCAUUGCUCACCUCCUUCUAUGAGGUUCAUGUGUCUGAAUGGGGCUGUAGUUUGUGUGUAAAGUCGUUUAGCAAAUUAAAUUCUCACUGCCCAUUACAAAAAAAGGUGUUGACUUAUGAAUACUUAUAGUAUAUAUAUAUAGUAUAUUCAAUCUCCUGCAAAAAAUAAAGUCAAACAAACCAAAAAGCUCAAUCAUCUCUGGAUCCACAUCAGAUUAAGAUCAAACUGUUUCUGCAGCGCUGAGGCUUCUGAAGCCAUGUUUGCAUUUUUUUAAAUCUUUUUUUGUUAUAUAUAAGUUUUCAGCCUGAUUUUUCUUCUGCAAAACAAAUAUUUUGCAUCUUCCCCAAGAGCUUUACAUGUUAAUUAUUGUUGUUGAUGCAGUGUAAGUAACUUUAGUGGACAAAUAAAAGCUUUAAAAUGGUU